CACUGCAGUUUAUCCGCCAAAGUUCUCCUCUCAAACGGGUCUUCGAGGAGUAGUGCUCGCCUGUAGACAUGCGCAUCUAUUUGAGGAAGCUGAUUGGCUAAAUUGUAUGUCACUCAUUUAUAUCUUUAAUCAGCAUUAAAGCAACAUUGGCUAAACUGCUUCAUAGACCCGACUCUUUGGGGGAGAUUCUCCAGCGCCUCAGCCAGCUGAGACGUGCACACGCGGAGAGGACGUGCAGACAGGCGGGGUAAAAAAAGCAUAUAUUUACCCCAGAUAUCAUAUUUUACACAUAUUACUGGGUGAUUCCAUCCCUCCACUCCAUCACUGAUGCUUGCCAACUCGUCCUUAUCCUCACUAAUGCUCCUGAUGAUAAGGAAGACUGCAGAAAAUACUUAUGAAUUGAAUUUCUGUUAAUGGCUCAUUUCUGACACCCAGGAACAAAAAAAACACAAUCACCAUCACCACGGCAACACACACCAUCAGUUACAAUGUUAACUAUCAAGCAGACCCACUGCUGCUUCAUUAAUACGAAGGCAAACGGUAGAAUCCAAUCAAACAAAGAGAACAUUUUAACAAGCAGACUGCAGCUUUUAUGCAUAUUUACAAGCUCAGUUUGUGUCUACUGUGUCCUGUGUAAGCCAUGGCUCUUAUACUUUGUGUCAUUCAGGUUCUGACCGUAUCCAGCUCUGUGCCUCCUAAAGUUUCUGCAGCUCUGUCGGCUGCCGAGGAGGCCGCGUGUUCCCUGGAGGACCUGCUGCAGAGGGAGCGACUCAUCUCCAACAAGCUGCACCAGCACCUACAGACGGCCCAGCCGUGGAUGGACAACCUCGGCCAGACGCUCAACCAAGUGGACACUAUAGAAAGACACGUGAAAUACCUGCGAUGCCUUCAACAUAUUGAGGAACUCAGUGCUGCAGUCCAGCAGUUUCUGAUGACCAGCAGUGUUUGGGAGGCCAUAAGGUCAGUGGACAACAUGGCCGCGCUUGACGCCGGACUAAACCGGUCCGGAUGUUGUCACCUCCAGGACUUCCUCCGAGAGACACUUCACUUCUGGCACAAGAUCAUCAAAGACCGACUGGCCAGCGAUUUUGAGAAAGUGUUGACUCAACUUCACUGGCCGAUCAUCUCCCCUCCUACUCAGUCACUGACGCCCACGGCUAAUGUUCAGGAGAUCAACAGCCAGUUGGAGCUGCUCGUCACGCAGUUGCUCGCCCUGCAGACCUCUGAUGACCUUUUAUCCCAGAGGGCUCUGGCCUCUUGUCAAGUUGCCCCCCCUAACCAGCCUGCUUCUCCAGCCACACCCCCAUCCCAAGCCACCCCCCUCUGUCUGCCCAUCCAGAUCAUGCUGCUGCCGCUUAGCAGGAGGUUCAAAUACCAUUUCUACGGGAAUCGACAGACCAACUCCCUCAGCAAGCCAGAGUGGUACCUCACACAAGUUCUCAUGUGGAUGGGGAACAGCUCCACCUUCAUGGAGGAAAAGAUCCAACCUAUCCUAGACCGAGCUGGGGCCCCCAUCAGUGCCAUGGUGGAGCUGUGUCGAGGCCUGCUGUCUCUGGUUCAGGAGAAGGUGGCCAGUGACGCCUCCAGGCUGCUGUACGAUGAUGUGCUCUUUUGUCACUUGGUGGAGGAGGUGCUGCAGUUUGAGAAGGAGCUGCGGGGCAACCAGUCGUAUCAUGCGGCGCUGCCCGGUCUGCUCCACCUCCUGCUCGAAGACGCGAUCCUUCAGAAGUGGCUAACUGUGGAAAAGAAGAUGGCAGUGGAGAAAAUGGACGCCAUGCUGUCGGCCGAGGGAGCGUGGAGCUCUCAGUACAAAGAUAUCAGCGAUAUGGACGAGAUGAAGGCUCCAGAUUGUGCUGAGACUUUCAUGACUCUUUUACAGGUCAUCACCGAGCGGUACCGGGCCUUGCCCUGUCCUUCUGCACAACUCAAGUUUCUGGGGCUACAGAGAGAACUGGUGGAUGACUUCCGCAUACGACUCACCCAGGUGAUGAAGGAGGAGUCUCGCUGCCCGCUGGGUGCCCGUUAUUGUGCCAUCCUCAAUGCUGUUAACUACAUUUCCACCAUUCUGGGAGACUGGGGAGACAAUGUGUUCUUCCUGCAGCUGCAGCAGGCAGCGGUUUCACUUGGCGAGGAAGUGGUGCUGGGAGGCCUGGGGGUGAUGGAAGUGGGUCGCCUGGCCUCUCUGGAGGGCUCGCUGUUUGAAGGCCUGUUGGCUUUGCUGGAUCGACUGAAAGGAGACAUGAUGGGAAGGCUUCUUGAAUGGACCAUGAGAGAAAUCACGGAAAAAGCCAAGCCAUACGGACAAGACAGGUGGUUGUCCCUACCACCCCAACAGGACCAGUCCACCAUGACCCUGUCCAGUUCAGCAUGUCCCAUGAUGCUGUGUGUGAGGGACAGGUUGUUAAACCUUCAUCAGGUCCUGAGUCUUUCUCUGUUCCAACUGGCCUGGCAGGGUCUGGCGGAGAGACUCGACACCAUCCUCUACCAGGAUGUGAUCCUGUCUAAUCAUUUCAGUGAAGGUGGGGCAGCCCAGCUUCAGUUCGACAUGACCAGAAAUCUAUUUCCUCUGUUUGGUCACUACUGCAAAAGACCUGAGAACUUCUUUAAGCAUGUUAAGGAGGCGUGCAUCAUCUUGUGUCUUAACGUGGGCUCUGCUAUUCUGCUGAGGAAUCUCCUCAAGGAGUCAGAGGAGGAAGGGACAGAUUGGGCCAGUGCAGGGGAUCCUCAACCAGAGUCUGCGCUGAACGAGUUGGGAGUUUACUGCUUGGCUGCCUGUGACGUGUUGAUUCUCCUCAACCUCAGAGCCUCCUGGCCCGGACUGUAACGACCCUCCCUAAUGUGGACUUUGUCAAAUGUUUGUCAUUUGCUUUAAUCUUCUUUUGUAACUACAAUAAGUUUGGACGGAUCACCUAGUGUUCAGUAAGUAAGUCGUUGUAUGAAGUUAUUAUUGUGUUGCACUAUAUUUCAGGGACUCAGUAACCUGUCACCUCAGUUGACUGAAGUAUACCACAACAAAUUAGUAAUGACAAUUGUUAUGUCAAAAUGGAUUAUGUAAUAAAACGCUGAUGGUUUCAUCACGUCUGACUUGGACGGCAGACAGCAAACAAAAGCCGAGGGGUUAUCACUUACACUCUGACACAAUAAACAAGCUCAACACUCACAAAUUGUACCCUGAGCCCAGUGAUCCAUCUGUCCCAAAGUUUCUUUAUUCAACUUAAAUAGUCCGAUGGUGAAUAAGACCCCAGUUAAGGACAAAAAUAAUAUUAAACUGUAGUAUCUGCUGUUCUGAUGUACUUUUUUUGAAGACAAUCAAGUAAACUAUGUAUUCUUUCACAAAAUCCACUUUUGGCCUCCGCCUGAAAUGUCUUUUAAGAGCAUAAAAGGUCAAAAUGCACCUUUGGCUUUAAAGUGGUGAAAGCAUCAGGUUCUCAUGAAAACAUCAUUAAACUGAUAAAUAUGAAGUUCCAAGUCCCUUUAUUGAAGAAAAUCAUCUAAACUAUGCUUUCUUUAAUUAAAAAAAAAAUACCCUUUUGGCCUCUGUCCAGCCUGAAACGUCUUUUAAGAGCAUAAAAUGUGAAAAUGCACCUUCGUCAUUAAAGUGGUAUUCAUGAAAAUGUGAAAAUGCACCUUUAGGCAGUAAAGUGGUGAAAGCAUCAGGUAUUCAUGAAAAAAAAUCAUGAAACUGAUAAAUAUGCUGUUCUGAGGCACUUUAUUGAAGAAAGUCAUCUAAACUGCAGAGUUAAGUCACAGAGCGAGUCUUAAUUAAAACGGAACUGUGAGGCGUUUCCAUCAUCCCUCAACAGCUACAGGAUGUGGUUCAGGAGAACCCGUGUGCAGUCCAAAGGGGUCGAGCAUGGACCACCUGAAGAGGUACAUGACCAGAAGAAGAAAGCGGCCAUCACAGCCACCUCCUUAUCUUCCUCAUGGCCGUCACCGAGGAAAACAAAGCGGUGGUGCACAGACGGGGCAGUGCACCAUCAGCUGCCCCGUCUGUGCCCACAGGAUGACUGGAUGUGGCCUGUACAAGACUGUUCGCAAGGUCUUGGACAGCGACGGAUGGUAUUUUAUGGGCACAGUACCUCGAGUACGUUGCCGUUUUAAUCCGUUUUAAUUAAGUGGGAUGUUAAAGUGUGUGAGAUCUUUUCUUGAUCGUGCUCAGAACAUCUGUUUGACUUUUGGAUAAAUGACGCCGCUUCAGCGACACACUGUUAAAAUAAAUUUAAAAAUAUAUAAGUAAACAUAAGCACCACUGGUAAAAUAUAAAUAUAAUAAAGUUCUGGUAAAUUACAGCUGUGAGGUUUAAUGUGACUGUUAAUCUGAAAUUAAAUUAAAGAGUGUUGAUUGGAUCAAUAUUUUUUUAAAUCAGAAUGAUCUUCAUCAGCUUGUAACUGCUUCAUAAUACUGUAACUUACAUUUAAAUCCAUGGAUCAUGGUUAUACCUUUGCCAUGAUCCUGUCUAUUACUAUUACUGCUACUAUUAAUACUUUUACUGUCAUUCCAUUAUAUCCACUGCUGUUAUUAUUAAAAUGGUUUUUAGGGAGUUUUUCCUGUGCCGAUGCGAGGGUCCAAGGGCAGAGGAUGUCACGUGUACAGAUUGGAAAUCCCUCUGAGGCAAAUUUGUGAUUUUGGGCUAGAGAAAUAAACUUAAAUUAAAUGUUUGUUUUCUUCUCUGACAGCUUACAGUCAUGACAACAACUUACAUCUUCCAUGUUCUUGUCUGGUUUCAGAAAUGGAUUACAAACCUAAGUUUGUGUAUAUGCUCGGGUCCACUGAACUGCAGCUUCAGGUCAGCUCUGAAGCAGCUCGGGUGGCAAUUGAAAGCCAUCAGCCCCUGUUGACCUAAAACCAAUAGAUAAUUGACAAUUAUAAAAUUUUGACGGAGCGCUUCUAUUUUAACCGGCGC